AUGGCUACUGUAGAGAAACCGUUUCGUAUCGUAAUUGUCGGAGCCGGACUCGUGGGUCUUACUGCAGCACAUAUAUUAUCCAAAACGGAUAUCGACUUUGUUAUACUUGAACGACAUGAGAAUUUAACACCCGAACUUGGCUCUCUCCUAAGCUUGUGGCCGCCGACAUUUCGCAUUUUUGACCAAUUAGAUCUACAAGAUAAAUUGGAGCCUGUUCUUAACCCUAUCGACAAUGGAGUCACCAUGUCUGCCGACGACGGGUCCAUAUUCACAUCGUGGAACCCCGGAGAGUUGAUCAAAAAAAACCACGGGUACGGAUUAAAGGUUACUCAUCGCCCGCUCUUCAUUGAAGCCUUAUAUCAAAGCCUGCCUGACAGUGCGAAAGCACGAAUCAAGGUCAAGAAGCACGUCUUCAAAGUAAACGUGUCAGAUGAUGGAGUGGUCGUCGAGUGUACCGAUGGUACCGUGGAAAGGGGCUCCAUUGUGAUAGGUUUAGACGGCGUUCACAGUAGAGUUCGCCAAUGCAUGCAGGCGAUGGAGGAGGGUAGGGCAGCUCCGAGCAUAUCGGAAACCCCUAAGAGUCCCUACGUCACCACAUACAGGAUGGUCUUUGGAAGUAUACCUAUUCCUCCGACAUUACCAAAUAAUGUCAAUCACGAAUGCGCGUCAGGACGUGUAUCAACUCAGCUUCUCACUGGUAACUCUCUAGCAUGGUUCGGCGUGUAUGAAGCGCUUGAUAAACCUACGUCAGAACGCAUCAAAUAUACCGAAAAGGAUAAGGAGGAGGCCAUACAGAGAUGGGGACAUCUGUACACCGCUCCCGGCAUGAGAGUGCGCGACGUUUUCGGCCUACAGGAUGGAAACUUUGGUAUGAUCAACCUGGAGGAGGGUCGUGUAGACAAAUGGUAUUGGAAUCGUAUCGUCCUCGCAAGUGAUGCUAUUCGGAAACUAGAGCCUCACGCCGGAUUAGGAUAUAAUAGCGGUUUGGCCGAUGUAGUUGUCCUCGUGAAUAAGCUCCGACGCUUACUCGAGACUACUCGGUCACCGGAUACGAAAGCCUUAGAAGCGGUAUUCGCCGACUACCAGGAGGAGCGGAAAAAGGAUGAGCCAAUAGUUCAUGACAUGUCCAUGCGUCGUGCUCGAGCUUACGCGUGGCUCAGCCCAAUGGAUAAGAUCAUGACUAAAUACAUCAUCCCUUACACUAGCUUCGGAGUAUACAGCACAAACCGCAUAUAUGGGCCAGUCGUCUCCCGUGCCCCUGUCCUGGAUUGGCUGGAAGAGAAGUCUGAUACCAAAAACUUGAAAAUACCUUACGCCCACCAUCCUAUUGUCAAGGGGAAGAAGUCAAAGAAUGCGUUAUCAAGGAACCAUAGCUACUACAAUCCAUCAGCCUAUAUCGGAGUGGUCAUUGCGGCUGCUCUUACUGGAGUGGGACUCCAGUAUUACCAUAGGAUCUUGACAAUGAUAAGUCCCAAGGCGACCUAG